CUUCCCCGUUUACCGAGUGUAUCAUGGCGGCACAGAUGGCGGUAAAUUCGGGAGCCAGUCUGUGGGGUCCACUGAAAGAACUGUGGGAGACAGUGGAUGGAGCUGUGUUGAAGAAACAGCCAGACAGCGUCCACCUCCUGGACCUGCAGCUCAAGAAACACAAACCACACUUUUUGUCACUCUUCAAGAACCCGCCAAAGAGUGCUGAGCAGAGAGAAAAGGUGCGUAAAGCCAGCACUGAAGGCAUCGCCAUUCAAGGUCAACAGGGGUCUCGGCUUCUUCCAGAGCAACUUCUGUCAGAAGCUUUCAUCCUCAGUGACCUCUUUGAUAUUGGAGAGUUGGCAGCUCUGGAGCUACUUUUGGCAGGUGAGCAGCAGCAGCCUUAUUUUCCUGGUCUGACUCGAGGACUGGUAGCUGUGUUGCUCUACUGGGAUGGAAAGCUUUGUGUGGCACGCUCUCUACAGACACUCAUCCAGUCACGUCAUGGCAAGACUUUCACCCUGGAUCUGAGUGAGGAGUUGGUGGCCCUGACUACACGUUUUACAGAUGAACUGAUGACCCAAGGUCUGACCAAACGCAUCCUAACCUUGGUGUCCGAGAUCAACGUUACACGAGAAUUUGAACGGCUGCAGAAGGAGCGUGGCCUGGGUAAUGAAAAGCACAGGAAGGAGGUCUCUGACCUCAUCAACGAAUGCAGACAGGUGUUGGCUGAUAGCCUGUUUUCAUGGACCUGCCAAUCACCCUUGACUAAAGAUGACACUCUGGCUCUCAUUGGCCACCUGGAGACGGUGACAGCUCAAGCUGAUGGCUCUUUGGGUGGUGUGAAUCUGGCUCUGGUCAUGUCAUUGCUCUACUGCUUAGACGUCAGCUUUGUAGAGCAGGGGACUGAAGAUCGAGAAGAUCUUCUCCAUGCACUACCUUUGCUGACAGACAAGCAGUACGUUGCUGCAGUGCACAAUCGUCUAAUGGAUGGCCAGCCAUGGAAACUUCCAGGCCUGCAGGCUGUGUGUCGACUGGCUUGGGCUCUGUCCCUGAGGGUCCUUUCCCAGCUGCCACAGGGAUCUGCCCUGGUUGAGUUCACCGAGGCAGAUGAGGCGCUAGCUGACCAGGCUCUACUGGGAGAUGUCUUCCUCUUUAUGAAAGAGGGCAUGCUAGGAUGUGAGAGUUUUUCCCAGGAGGAGUUUUACAUUCGCCGUCUUCAUUCGCUCAUCACAGACUUCCUGGCACUCAUGCCAAUGAAGGUGAAGCAGCUUCGUAACCGUGCUGAUGAGGAUGCACGACUGGUGCACAUGUCUCUACAAAUGGACAGUGAGCUUCCAUCAUCCUUGCGCAAGGACUUGGACCACCUCAUGAACCUAAUAGGGGAGUUUUACAAUAAAGACUUUUUUGGGCUGGAGCUGGGUCUGGAGUUCUGGUGCCCCACAGAGUCUCUCCAACACACUUCCUUACAGGGAUCAUACCUAGGAAUGGCUUUGCAAAGGCCUCCACAUAAACAGGUGGUUCUGUCCAAGUUUGUGCGCCAGAUGGGUGACCUUCUGCCCUCCACACUCUACAUCUCGUAUUUGCAUAUGCUGAAAGGCCUGGCCAAUGGUCCCCAGUGUGCCCACUACUGCUUCAGCUUACUGAAAACUAAUGGGGCCACACACGGUGACAACAUUCAGGGCGUUUCGGGCAGCCCUGUAUCUUGGGAACAUUUCUUUCACUCCUUAAUGCUCUACCAUGAGAACCUGCGAAGAGACCUUCCAAAUCCAGAUGCUGCACAUUACCGCCACCACCUGAGGGGCAUCACACAAAGAGAGCUGGAAGGACUCACCUCAUUUUUGCAGUUACUCACCACCAUCAUAACAUGGAGUGAAAAUGCCAGACUGGCAUUAUGUGAACAUCCCCAGUGGACUCCAGUCAUAGUGAUGUUGGGUUUGCUACAGUGCAGCGUUCCUCCCGUCCUGAAGGCAGAGCUCCUGCACUGCCUGGCAGCCUUUGGAAAAUCACCCGAGAUUGCUGCUUCUCUUUGGCAGUCGCUGGAGUACACACAGAUCCUUCAGACUGUUCGGGCCCCAGGACAGAGACAGGCAGCUGGUAUUGAGGUGGAGCUGAAUGAGAUUGAGUCGAGCUGCGAGGAGUACCCUCUGGCACGAGGCUUCUGUCAUCUGAUCAGCACGUUGGUUGAGAGCAGUUUACCCAUUAAUUUGGGUGCUGGGCUACGUGUGCCAGGCUUUCAGCCCUACCUGAACUUUAUGCGGGAUUCUGUGUUCCUCCCUUUCCCCACCAGAGCUUAUCGUCGCCCAGCUGAGAAGUGGGAGGUUGCUGACUCUGCCCUGGAGGUGUUUCAUAAGCUGCUGCGGGACUAUGAGCCCCAGCCAUCAGACUUUGUACAGGAGAUGUUAGAGCUGCAGGGGGAGCAGGUCCCGGCCUACAAGCCCCCUGGCCACAGCAUCAUGUUCCAUUUGCUUAAUGACUCGCCCAUGCUGGCGCUCUGCCUCAGCCUGCUGGAGGAGGGCGUACGCCAGCUCGACACUUAUGCGCCUUUCCCUGGUAAGAAACAGCUGGAGUCUGCGGUGCUACACUGCCUGUGUCUGCUGGAUCUGGCUCUGCAGAAGGAGGUGGUGUUCAUGGAUCUCCUCAGGGAGAGCCAGGCCUCACUGCUGGUUUCCCCAUUGGAGCAGCUGCUUCAGGGUGUCAGUCCUCAAACCCGAAGGGCCGAUCACAUUGUUACUAUUGCCAGGUUUCUCUAUCAUGGUGUCUCCAACCCAGAGGCUGCCUUCCAAAGUGCCAAUAUCCUGCGUCGCAUCGCCAACUACCCCAACAUUCAGCUUAGGCUGGUGGGAGAUUUUACACAUGACCAGACGGUGAGCGACAAAUUGAUGGCCGGCUUUGUGCAGUGUCUGGACAAUGAAGAGGCAGAGGAGGGAACGGAGAAUGAAGAUGACUCAGACCAACAAAAGAAGAUGGCAAGAAUUCGCCAUAAAACCCAGAUCCAUAUUCUAAACCUGCUCAUCACGUCCUUGGAGCUCAAGGCUCCCAAUCUGGCUCUGUACCUUUUGGGCUAUGAAGUCAAGAAGCCUGUUUCCUCCACUAACCUCCAGGACCCAGGUGUGCUUGGAUGUCCACGGAGCUGCUUGCAUGCAAUCCUCAGUCUGCUGCAGAGAGGCACUGAAAAGAGAACAGGACCUGUCCUCACAAAGCAAGCCCCACACCUGGCUGAGCUUUGCUACCAGGUGAUCUACCAGCUGUGUGCCUGCCCAGACACAUCUGGACCCACCAUGCGCUACUUGAGGACCAGCCAGGACUUCCUCUUCUCUCACCUGCAGCACCUGCCUUUUAUUCUGCCGAGUAACCAGAUUGCUGCCCUCUCCCAGAUGUCUUGGCUCAUGAAAACAGCUGCAAUCGAGCUGAGAGUGACCUCACUAAACCGUCAGCGGUCACAUACGCAGCGCCUUGUCAGUCUCCUGCUGGAUGACCAGCCACACACUCAGCAUACAGCUGAUGGGGAGUCUGGGAUGGAGGAAGAGACCAGAUCAGUCAGUGGUUUUCUGCAUUUUGACACAGUUUCUAAAGUGCGCAGGAAGUUGCUUAGUGUCCUCGACGCCAUCAAUUUCAGUCAGGAAAUGCCCGAGCUUCUGCAGCUGGACUUCUUUGAGCGCGCUCAGAUAGAGCAGGUGAUCUCCAAUUGUGAGCACGUCAAUGAGCAAGGACACACUGUGUGCAACGUUAAGCUGCUUCAUAGAGUGCUGGUUGCGGAGGUGAAUGCCCUGCAAGGGAUGGCAGCCAUCGGACAGAGGCCCAUGUUAAUGGAGGAGGUGAAUUCCAUCCUACAUCACGUGGUUGAACGAAACUGCGUCCGGCGAAGUCUGAGUGCGAAGCGGCAUGCACUGCAGUCUUGGAGGAGCCUGGUGGAGACGCUGCUGACUGCCUGCCCUGCCGAUCUUAUACCUGCUGAUGACAGACAGCUCAUCAUCAGAGACCUGCUGCUAGACCUGCAUGACAAGGUGUUGUCUGAUGAUGCAGCAGGAGAACUGAUGCCCAUUGUUGCUGGGGCAGUCUUCACUCUGACAGCUCACCUCAGCCAGUCAGUGUUGUCUGAGCAGCAGCAGGGAGUUGGAUUAGAAACAUCCUCUGGCUUUGCCUCCAUCGCCAACUCUGCCUUGCAUUUGAUCCUUCGCAAGCUGCUGGACUUUAUUCUUUCCACUGGAGGCGGUUACCAGCGUCUGCGUGCUCAUCUGUAUGGCUCACUGCUGUACUACCUUCAAAUCGCCCAGAAACCUGAGGAACCAGAUACGCUGCAGACAGCUGGGAAGGCAAUGUGGGAACGACUCACAGCCCCUGAAGACGGUUUCUCCAAACUACAGAGAGAGAACCUUGCCAUCAUCGAGAGUUACGGCACAUCCCUCAUUGAGGUUGUGUGCAGGGACGCCUGUGAUGGCCAUGAAAUUAGCAGGAUGCUGGCCCUGGCAGUUCUGGACCGCAUCCUGUCAAUAGACCGUCAGAAUCAGUGGCUGGUUUAUGUCUGCAACAGUGGCUACCUGCGCUCGCUGGUUGAGAGCCUAAGACAUGAUGAUGUCGCCCUCCAGACCCUGCUCACACCUCAGCCACCACUCCUCAAACCACUCUACAUCUAUGAGAGCAAGAUGGCUCUAAUGACCCGUGUGGCUAAGACAGGCCAGGGAGCUGUGGAGCUGCUGCGCUGUGGAUUAGUGUCACAGCUGAUGGAGUGUCAGGUGUUUGACAUGGUACCUGACAGCGAUGCACACAGGAUGAUGAGGGACGCGUCGGGCUUCAUCCCCAGUCCUAUGGACCGCUAUAGACAGAUUCUCUUGCCAACGUUGAGACUCUUUCAAGUGAUCCUGACCUCUACUACCAUGGACCACCAGCAGGGGGCAACACAGGUUCUCCAGUGGUUAAUCGUCCACGCAGACACCAUUCAAUCACUGUUACGCUGUCAUGAACUUAGCAUGGGAACUUUGCAGGAGCUGUCUUUGCUUACCGGGAUCAUCAGUAAGACGGCUCUGCCAGGUGCCCUGGAGGUUAGUGGAGAGGUCAACAGCGCUGCUCUAAUGGAGUUCCAGGGUCAUAUCAACCGAUUCCAGCGCCUGUGUCUGUCUCUGCUUGGCUGUCUUGUGGGAAGUGAGCGAGAGAGGCUGCUAAAGCAGGCUGAGAUUUCUGCGCCUGGAGAAUCAGCAGAGCGUCGAGAGGACAUGGAGGUGGCCAUGCAACAGGUGUGUGCCAACAUCAUGGAGUACUGCCAAGCCCUGCUACUGCAGAGCUCAACCCAGGCUCAGUUCAGCAUCUGCCUCUUCAGCCCGUCGGGCAGUGAGCCAGCUGGCAGGGACGGAGGACGCACAGAUCUUUCAUCCACUCUGCCGUCGUUGGCUUACUCCCGAGCACCCGGUCUGGGUCUGGUCCUGUACCUGCUGAAGAGCAGCGCUGCAGAUUUCUUCAGAUUCCACCAGAGUCACAGACAGAGCCUGAGCAAGCUCCAGAGUCUAGAUCAGCUGCCUCCUGAGGAGCUGAAAGAGUUGUGCCAAGGCCUGGUGUCGGGACCAGGAGGGGUGGAGAAAAUCUCUUCAGUCCAGAGGAGCCUGCUUGCCAAGAGACGACUGGUGCAGCUUAUCAACAACCGAGCCAAGCUGCUGGCUCUGUGCUCCUAUGUCAUUGAGACGUGUUUGUUUGUGUUGUGGCGCCACCUGGAGUACUACCUGUUGCAUUGUACACCCACUGACCCCAAGGACUCCCUGUUAACUGGGGCCAGCUUGAGUAGAUCACGCUUCACAGAUGACUCAUUUGGAGGAUUGCAGCUCAGUGGAAGUCGUGGACUGAGCCUGUCCCGGGUCAGCCAGCAAGACUUAGACCUGCUGAAGAGUGACAUGGCGGCAGGUUUUGGGGAAGCGCUGCAGAGGAAGCUGCUGGAGGUGGAGGGCUUGUACAGCCAAGUCCGCUCCCGCUACACCUUCAUCCAGGCCCUGGUUCGCCGAAUCCGCGGCCUGCUCCGACAGCCCAAAACCUGAGGCAGACGCACACUAACACAAAGACUGGCCAAAUUUCCAUAUUCACUCAAAAUAUCUGCCAAGCAUAAAGAUGAGCGAGACCAGGAAACUACUCAAGACUUUCUCAGUCGAUUUUUUUCUGUCUAGAUCACUUCCUUUUUACUGACCUAUUUUGGCUCUUCUCCUCGAGCACUGUGGGACUUUACCACACGGUGCAUUCUUUGUAAUCAGUCCUAAUGAUCUUCUUAUUGUUGUGAAAGAAGCACUCUCUGGAUGAGUGAGAAAUCUACUUUGCCGAACACAUGUGUGAAAGUUUUACUUGUGAAAAUUUGAUAUUAGUUUUUUUUUUUUUUUCCUUUUGUGAAAAAUAAACAUUUUCUAUGUCUGUUUAAUACUUGUCUAGUUCCCACAGACCUCACAACAUUUUAUUAUCUCAAUAUCUCUGUUGGUCACUGAGUCACUGUCUCCUGAUGUAGUUGGGUGUAUGUCAAGUGUGUAUACAUAGAAAACUCCCCCCUGAUUCAAUUAGUGUUUCUCAUCACCUGUCUUUACUGCACCUAACUUUAGGAGCUGUGCAUUUUUAGCAUUUUACAUUAUUAAUAAAUCACCUACUCUUGA